ACACACGAUCCCCAACAACUACAAGGCCCCCAACAACCACAAGGCCCUCAACAACUGCAAGGUCCUCAACAACCACAAGACUUCCUUUAAUAACCUGGCACUCUCUACCAAAUAGAUACCAUGGAAAUACUUGGCCUCCAACAACAACUAGACCCCCUCCUCCCCCUACAACCACAACACCCACUACAACAACUAGACCCCCUCCUCCCCCUACAACCACAACACCCACUACAACAACUAGACCCCUUCCUCCUCCUACAACCACCGAGUAUUCUUGGGUCACUAAACCCUAUUCAAACACUAAUUAUGCAUUCACAAGACCUCCUUCCGUCUAUUUACGACCUAAAAGCACAGUUACACCAUCAGCUGAGCCACCACACACCAGCCCAGGCACUGGAUCUGUGUCGACGUGGAGGCCAACAUACAUAGCACCACACACCACCACACGAAUUUCUAGUAAUCCAUCAUUCACCACUACAUCACCACCAAUAACAUCCUUCACUAGACCAACGUACUGGUUCACAACACCUGCCACAACCUUGUCUACAGCUCCCCAGAGAGAUAUAAUAACUCCUGUAUUUGAAUCACUGACGAGAACACCAACCAAGUCAUCCUCAACACCCCGGCCAACCUUCAAGAUUCCCGGCAAAGUCUCGACAACAACUACACCUUAUUUUACCUCAUCUGCCUUGACACUACAACAUAAGUUCUCAAGGCCGACUACACAAUCCAGACCACUACAGUCAUAUCUGAGACCAUUUGAGACCCCUCCUCAAAGACCAAACUUUCCUCAAGGCAGCCUAAUGACUACUACUGAGGAAGACCAACUUACAACUGUUCAUUCCCAACAAGAAAGUAUAAACUCCAAACCUGUUGUUACGUAUCUAUAUGAUAUACCCACGGCCUCACCUCGACCCACAUCAGUGAUAGCUGUAGACGACUUAGACCAACAACUGAUCAAGGAAGCUAUGGGAGAAUUCAUCAGACAGAACAAGCCGUCUCUACCACAGCUAAAUACCAUCACUAAGAAGCCUGACAGUGUGUUUGAGGUUUAUUCUCCGGUACAAGUGAUCGAGGAGCCAAAUACUGAGAAUCUCUUUGAGCAGCACUUCACAGAGACAGUACCAGUAAGUGAUUUCUUACACAGUAACUCACAAAACGGAGAGACGAAGAGACCGAACCAUUCCAGCAUCACGUUCACCUCUUCACCAGGACCAGAUGUUUCCCCACAGCGACUCACACACGGUAACUCUGACUCCACGACUCCAACAACUACAUCAAGACCAGCUGCUCCAGAAGCUUUAGAUGACGACUUUAAAUUCCCUGACUUAACCAGCUUGCCGCCGCUGACGAGUGUACAAGUCCAUGAAGAACCAUACACCAAAGUGGAGGGAAUCCAGAGCGGCGAAACAGUACCCACUACCAACUUACCUCUGACCCAAGAAGGUAAUGCUACCCCCGAAUUUGAAUACGACUUCUAUGAGGACGACCUGAGUGAGUACUAUGCUGCCUAUGGUAUUCUUGGGGACGGGCAUGAGGAAGAGAUAGAUGAUGGUCGUCCACAUACGCUUGGUGCCCCGUCUAAAUUUCCCGGCCUUCAGACUCUCACUUGGCCCUAUACUAUCACCCCUACUUCUAAAACCCCUGUACCUGACGAAGCUCAUUUAUUACGGAUACCUGGACUAGACAAUGAAAAUCUUAUUCCUCAAAACUCUAACUCUGAUUAUGGCUUACCGUCUCAAACAACACCUCACACACACUCUCAAGUCUCACAACACAACACAUCAUCCUCCUUAAUGGAGUCGUUUAUCUCAAGCUUUUCCUCCUCCCUUCCCUCAGCCGACGACUUCCCUAACUAUGACGAUUAUUACUAUUACUCAUCACAUAGUCAGUCGUAUACUGAAGAGACCCAUGACUAUUACAUCUACCAUGACACAAUGUACAGUAACAACGAGGAUGAAUACAACCCGGGGGAGCGAGACCCUCCUGCUGUGGCUGUGAGAGUGGCGGAGGCAACCCAGCUGACCUCGCCUCCCCCCACACUCGCCUCCUUCAGUGCAGAAGGUUCCCCUGAGACCGUCACCCACACACCCGAUGACUCUUUGCUGCAUCUCCCCAAUGACAACUCUGGAGGCACCGGACACCACCGAGAACAAGGGAGUCAUUUUAACACAGAGGAUCAUCCUACACACCCUCACGCUCAGUUCGUCUUGGUCAAAAUCUGGAACAUGGUGGACGGGCAGCUGCAGUUAGUGGGGGAACAGCCGGUGCCCGUCAGUAUGUUCACCAACUCCUCCAUCGCUAACGGUGCUGUGGUCAACCCUCAAGACCUACCACCUCGAGUCCUGGCGUCGUUGGCCUCCAAGAUGAAUAACUACCCGUACCUAGACCCCGCCCUCUACCACCCACCCCGCGCCACACGAUCUCUACCAUCCCACCACCAGGAACACCACCUUCAAGGCUCACUGGAUGAUGACAUCGACCUAGGCGGCUUAUACCAAUCUCUCAAGAAUACUGUCUCGGGCUCCUUACCUGCCAGGAACUCUCAACCAAUGACAAAAACUAACACAUUCCACCCUUCGCCUAAUUCCCAGCAGCUUAUGUACACUACCAGAGGAGAACACGUCAAAAAUAGAAGGAAAUUGAAGAAACUGUUUGAUUUUGAUGUUGGUCGACCUGUCUUACACACACACAAUACUGGAAAAUCACAUCAUCCGACCUUGAAGGAACAACUUCAUUUCGGUAACUCAAGACAAUCAAGGUUUACCGUGAACAGGCCAAAGAAGUCUUCAGUUUCUCUCGGUUCAAUACAGCGACGCAGCAAAAGAACAGCAGAAUUGCUGCAGGCACUCGAGGGCAAGGUUAACAGCGAGGCGGAACCUUUGGUCAUUCACUUCAUCCUGCCUCAGACAACUGCUCAAGGACCACCUAACUCACACACAGCUCAAGGACCACCUCUCUCAAACACAGCUCAAGGACCACCUCUCUCACACACAGCUCAAGAACCACCUCUCUCACACACAGCUCAAGAACCACCUCUCUCACACACAGCUCAAGGACCACCUCUCUCACACACAGCUCACACAUCCACCACCGUAGACUCACAAACUCAAAAUCAUUCUUAUGAGGUCACGGAAGAAUCUACUUUUUAUAAAACACAAGUACCACCACUACCACAACUACAACCACAACCUCCACCAUCACAACCACAACCACCAUCACUUUCGCUGCCACCACCACCACCACAGCAAACCUUACCAUUAAUAGUCUCACGCCGAACAUCACCACCACCACCACCACCACACGAGGUUGGAGGUGUUGGCAGUGAUAAUAUUCAUAUGAGUUAUCCCUCAUAUCUUACAAAUUUCUCACCCACACCUGACCAAACUCAUUUCUCACCCACACCUGACCAAACUCAUUUCUCACCCACACCUGACCAAACUUACGCUUCAUCCACACAUUAUGACCAAACUAGGACCCGGCCUGACCCUGACUCCCCACCAAGAAGACAGUACUACGGGGGUAUUGGUAACCCUGACCACAACAACCUGCCUUUCUCCAUCGGGACAACCCUGGAGGAAGAUGACCUUACUUAUCUACAUGUUCUCUCUAACUUUGCUGACCGGAUAGAGAACUCACCGAACCCUGACCCGACCAUCCAAGCACACGUGGGUGAUGUACUGAGUGCAGAAAGGCCAUACAGCUACAGUGGUAAUGGAGGUGUACAAAGCAACGCGUUUGAGUAUCCGGCUUAUGCACAGGUGGGUGAUGGCGUUCUUCAGCCUCUGCCGCAGCCUAAUGUGCCUAAUGAACACCGAGGGUCUAUCUUAGAGCUUCUGCCUCAAGACCUUCCUAACAUCAGUCCUCUUCAUCCCACAGAACACCCUAUAAACAACCCCGUUAACCUGAAGAGUGUCCUGGGCUCUCUACCCUCCCACAACACACUCCGCAAGGAACAGCUCCAAAGUCGCCUCGCUACCAUCACCGGCACCAACACCUUCUCUGGCCAUCUGGGUAAUCAAGGUUUCAUUAACCACAACAACUACGCGGCGCAAAAUUCCGCCUCUGGUAACUACGGUAAGCAACCAGCCUUCAACCAGGUGGUGAAGAGAUCAAACCGGCCAAAACCAGGGUACCUGACCCUCAUAUCUGACCUUCUGGAUGAUUCGACUUACUACCCGCCAGGUUUUGACAAUGAUGACGUCACACCUGAGGCCACAACACUCCAGCCACCCAAUUACACAACCUCCUCUGUGUAUGACGUAAGUUACCCAGAUUAUUUGAAUAACGACCAACGUUUACCUUCCACCAAUCAGCACGCCAGUUCACUCACACCCUUGUCCAACCCAGUGAACUAUCCAUUACCACCCUUCAACGACCUGAACUACCCGUUACUACCCUCGACCAACGACCUGAACUAUCCGUUACCAUUCUCGACCAACGACCUGAACUAUCCGUUACCACCCUCGACCAACUACCUGAACUAUCCAUUACCACCCUCGACCAACGACCUGAACUAUCCGUUACCACCCUCGACCAACCAGGUAAAGUAUCCAAUCACAUCGUCUACAAACGAGGCUAACUAUCCACACAUACAGUCUAACAGCCACGGGGGGUAUCUACGCCCACCCUCGACCAACGACCUGAACUAUCCAUUACCACCUUCGACUUCCCAGGUAAACUAUCCCCGCCCGUUAUCUAAUAACCAGGGGAACUAUCAACGACUUCCACCAGCCAAUCACGGGAACUAUCAACGUCUUCCACCAGCCAAUCAGGGGAGUUAUCAAAGUCUUCCACCAGCCAAUCAGGGGAACUAUCAACGUCUUCCACCAGCCAAUCAGGGGAGUUAUCAAAGUCUUCCACCAGCCAAUCAGGGGAGUUAUCAAAGUCUUCCACCAGCCAAUCAGGGGAACUAUCAACGUCUUCCACCAGCCAAUCAGGGGAACUAUCAACGACUUCCACCAGCCAAUCAGGGGAGUUAUCAAAGUCUUCCACCAGCCAAUCAGGGGAACAAUCAACGUCUUCGACCAGCCAAUCAAGUGAAUUAUCAACGUCUUCCACUAGCCAAUCAGGAGAACUACCAACGUCUUCCACUAGCCAAUCAGGAGAACUACCAACGCCUUCCACUAGCCAGCCAGGUGAACUAUCCACACCGACCAUCCAACCAAGAGGACUCUGAACUCCGACCAUCCACUGAUCAGGUGAGAUACAUAAUUCGCCCCUCGGCCAGUCAAGCACAUUCUCCCCCAUCACUGCUGGACCAGACAGUCUUCUCGAGCCAAAUUGAUCAGGUCAAAUUGGCUCAUUUAUUCUCAACGUUACCUGAACAUGUGGACAUUCCCAUCUCACCUGUGCUUAACCCAUCCAUUUUUUCCAGUCAACAGUCAUUCCAAAUGCUGGGUUUUAAUCAGCCGCCACCUUCUGAACCUCCAACUGUUGACCAGUCCAUAAAUAACUACUACGAGUUCCUCCAGUCUACUCUUCCCCUUCAGCAGCCAACUAAUCUAGACCAGGGCGUCUUCAACCCCUCUUACCCUUACCACCCAGCCUUGUCUAGUGUUGUAUUCGAUGAUCUUCCCAAUAAUGAUGAGACAAUCACUCCUGCGCCUGCCGUCAUUGCUCCAGUGGCCGCCAUCGUUCCAGUACCUGCCACAGCGACCGUCACUAACGUACAGACCUGUUUGUCGGACAACACGUGUGCUCUGGGUAUCGCUGCUUUACUCGCUCUGGGAAUAUCCAAAGCCAUCGCUCUACCCUUCUUGGUUCCUGCACUAAUAGGACGCCGCCGCCGCCACCUACACUACCUCUCCUCCUUGAUAAAUACUUCCAAAAAGGUGAUGGCCGAUGAAAAACAAAUUGAAAUAUGGUUGAAAAACUUGACCACAUCUUCGAAUUCAACAACAGAGAGUUCUAGAGACGUUUUCACAGUGGCUUACUCUUUCAUCUCGGACAUUGCCAACAUCAGUCCUGGAACUAAUCUAUCUCAAGUCGCACAACAAAAGACCACCAAGAAAAAGAUUGAGGAACUUGAGAACACAUUAAAAACAUUGACUAAAGAUGAAGUCAUUUACCUGAUGCAGAGAGCACUAAGGAUACUUCUGGGUACUGCUACAACACACACGAGGGAAGGAGACAAGAAGGUAACACAUUCAGGAAACACAAAAGAAGACUUAAGAAAUAGUAACACAGCCGAGGAUCUUGAAACACCUCGUCCUCUCACCAGUAGAAGAGAGAAUGUGUUGCAACAAUGAAGUGAAUCAUCGACUGGUUAUCAGCACUAAAUAAUCCUCUUGUCUUAUACAGUCUUCGGAUCACGUGAAGAUUAGCGCUAAUCCAUCUUAUUUCACUUUAAGAUUAACCACACCUAACGCUAAUCUAAUCU